GUCCUGUGAGACCAGGCUUUCCAGGGGUGUCCCCCGGGGCCUCACUCACCUGCCACCUGGAAAGGGGGUGGUCUUGCUGGGCAGGAAGGGUGGACACCGUGGCCUCGUGCAAAGGCUCCAGUCCAGUGGUGUGCUGGCUGGGCUGUGGGAUGAGACCCCUCCUUGUCACCACUAUGUGGGUGCCUUCCUCCCAGUCACCAGGUAGAGCAGGUGGGGAGAAGGGUCCCUGUAGAAGCAGGGAGUGGGCAGAUGGGCUCCUUCCUCCUUCAUUUCCCAGAGCUGCUCUCUGGUCCUCUUCUUGACUCCCCGGCUCCUGGUCACCCAAGAGGGGAGGGGUCUUGGCCUGGGACUGCCUGGCACAGUGGCAUCACAGCCCACAUUGUUCCUGUGAGGCUGGCCAUCCAACGAGCUGCCAUGUGGGGUGUGCAGGGCUCCAGUGGGCAGAGCAUCUGGAUAGGGUCACCUCAGCUAGCUGUGGGCACACAAGAAAAUCUCAGCCAUGAGUCCUGGGGAGACGGUGCCUGGUGAGCCUCCUUGGAAAGCAGCAGACAGACCUCUGGUGGCCGGAGUUCCAGCUCAGCGCUCUCAAAGCAGGAUCUUGAUCCUGAGGGCGGUUUUCUUCUCUGGAGACCAGAGGCAGUUCCCCAGCGGUGGAUUCGCAGGCAGCGCGCAUGGACCCCGGCCCCGGGGAGGAAGGCGUGGCUCAGGUGCGCACGGACUUCGGCCCCGGGGAGGAAGGCGAGGCUCUGGCGCUGCCAGUGGACCCCGGCCCCGGGGAGGAAGGCGUGGCUCUGGCCGUGUCCCCGCUGAGACCCCACGAGAAGUUCCACGUGUUCGUGAGCUACAGUAGCAUGGACGCCACGUGGACGCACGGGCUCAUCAGCCGCCUGGAAGCGGACCUCCCGGGGCUGAGGGUCUGCCUGCACGAGCGCGACUUCACCCCGGGCAGGAACGUCCUGGAGAACAUGGCCGAGUGCAUCCAGCACAGCCAGAAGGUGCUGCUGGUGCUGAGCCAGGACUUCGUGCAGAGCAGGUGGUGCCUCCUGGAGGCCGACCUGUCCCUCUUCGGCUACUGCCUGGAGAGGAAACCGGUCAUCCCGGUGCUGCUGCGGCCCUGCCAGGUCCCACUGCACCUCAGCCACCUGACCUACCUGGAGGCCGCGGACAGCCGCUUCUACCGCAGAGUGGGGCAGCUCCUGUGCCAGCCCAACCGCUGCUUGGCGCGCGCCCUGCCCGCCCGGCGCCCGGCCGCCUCCCUCUACAGCGGAAAAACCCUCCUGACCCUGAGCUGCAUCAACAGGGACGGCCUGCCCUCGUGGAGGGUGGGGUCCUUCAGCACCCUCGCCGUCCCGGACCCCUUGAAGGAGGUGUUGGAGGACGCCGAGGUGUACAAGCACGCUGUGGGCAUCCUCAAUGCAGUGCCGUCCCCCAGGUCCUGCCUCCGGUACCUGGGCUGCAGGGUCCCGCUGGGCAUCUUCCUGCUUUUCCUCUCCUUGGGGUUGCUGACCCUCCCCCUGGUUCUGGGGCUGCAGGAGAACCCGCCGGCCCAGCGCUUCCUCCUCAUCUCCGCCACCGCCUUCUUCAGCCCCCUCUUCGUCAUCUUGGGGGUGAAUAGCCUGUGCUGGUUCAGGAGGUUUUCCCGGAAGAAGAUGCGGGAGCUGGUGCUCAGAGUGGGGGAGGCCAACGUGCUGCUGGCGCCCCACUCCCUGCUGAUGGGCUGCGACACCAUGAACAAGCUGUACUUCGUGUACGUGCUCCUGGAGGACUGCAGGCGGGUCUUCCUGGAGGCCGCGGAGGGCGAGGCCCUGUUCCGGGAGGCCCUCCUGCGCUUCUCCUCCAGCUACGCCUGCUGCGUGGCCCACGCACACUUCCCCGCCUGCGAGGAUGCCCGGGGGGCCCCGGGCCACCUGGAGCUGGGUCUGUGCUUCUGCCAGUUCGUCUGUCUGCAGCUGAAGAGACACGAGGGUCUGGGGGUUAACCCCGUGUGACGGCAGGAGGGGCCCCCGGGGCAGUGGCUGGCCCUGCAGACGGGGCUGUCCCGAGGCCUGGGUGGUGCACACAGGACCCUCACGUCUGGUCUGGACCUUCGCCCUCUGGCCCUCCCAGUGGCCCGAGGACCCCACAGCCUGCUCUGAAGACAGGGGUGACCAUGUCAGCCCAUUGGCCUGACCGUUUGGGGAGCGGCUUUUUGAUGGAGACUUCCUGAGAGGAGGCUGGGGAAAGCGGCGGGCUCGCCUGUGACCCCAGGUACCCUUAGGGCCUGGCCUGCUCUUCAGGAGGUCACUGCCACUGUCUUGAUGGCGGUUAGUGUCCGGGGGCGAGGGCAGACCAUGCUGGCUCCCUGUGGCCCUCGCCCUGAGCCGCUCUUCCAGACACCUGCCCUCGUCCUGGGACACGGAGCGUGGGGGUGUGCGGGGGCACCAGGCCGAGCAAGAAAGCCUUGGGCCAUUCGCCCUCCGCCGUCAGGGCACCAACAGACAGACACACAUGCUGGCUCACGCUGUCCACUCCGAGAGCCUGUGGGGAGCCAGCCACAGUUGUCCGUGGCUGGGAACAAGAAGGCCUGCGUGUGUCCCCAGCGUGGACACCCCCUCAGACCUGGGUCUCUGCUCCCUCCCUGCCUUAGCCUCCCUUCCCCAGAGGAGGGAGUCUGGUGGGGGGGUGGGCUGGUGGUGCUGUGUUCACCAUCCUUGUCCGCUCACCCUGCAGGCUGGCUUCCUGAGCUCAGACCUCACUCCCCACCCUGGGGUCUCUGUAGACGCUCUUCCCCAUGAGGACAGAGAGCUAUCUGCCGACAAGAACACGAAACAUGUCAGCUCGUUCUGGCUGUGCAGGCAGAGCAGGGGACUUCCACGAGGCCGAGCUGCAUGGCCCCCUCCACUCUGUGCCCUGCCCUGGGACUGGGGGGCGGUGAGACUCUCGAUCCCACGCCCGUGGCCAUGUGAGGGUCGGUCAGGCUCCACAGAGACCCCUCGGGUCCGGCGAAGCUCUAGGGUGGGACUUUGGAAAUGAGGGGUGGCCCCCGGGUCUGUAAAUGAGCAGUUGGCAGGUGACCUCCUGACAGAUUUGAAGUUAGUGCUGGCACAUGUCCCAGCACCCCUGGGGUGCUCUUGGCCCCGUGGCCAGGGGCCACACUGGUGAGUAUUUGGUUCAGCUACUCUGGCUUGCUGACUUGCAAGCUCGGGCCCCAGACCACAGCCACAGAGCAGUAAGUCCCUGAUCUGACCCCUGAGCAGCCCUCGUGGACUGCUGGGACCUUCUCCUCACGUGCCGCUGAGAUAAGACCCCCACCCCACACCGUGGGUCUUAGCAGAACCCCGCUCCUGUGGUUUGAACGGACCAGUCCGGUCCUAGCUCAGGAGCCCCAGAGCUGCACCCAGAGACCCUGGUAGGGGUGGGAGCCUCCGAUCCCGCCUCUGCCUGCACCCCGCUUUGGCCACCCUGCCUUGACGUGGCCUCUGCAGGCAUGCGUGCACUUCCUCCAGGCCCCACGAGCAACACACUUCUCCCUUUCAACUUCUCUUGUGGAAGCACAGCGGAUCCUGUUGCUGAAGCAAGUCUCCCCACCCAGCGGCCCGGAGGCACUUCACACGUGUCAGCGGGACACAGAGGCUGGACUGCUCGCCUCUGUCCUGGGGCCAGGACUGCACCGGGAGGGUCGCCCUUGAGAGGAGACUGACAGGCAGGUGUGUGAGGGGCAGAAGAGGGAGGGGUUCUGGGCAAGGGGACAGUGUGAGCAAAGGCACAAGGCAGGACCCCGGUCACAGGAGCAGCUGCCGAGUAGGGGACGGUCCUCUGAAUCCCAGGGCUCACAGGUGCUCUGGGUGCCGGCACCUUCUUGUGGGCAGUGCUUGGCGCCAGGGUCCACCCAAGGGGCCGCAGCACCUGGUCUCUGAGAUGUCCAAAGCAAGGGAUGUGGUCUGGGCCCCAGGCCAAGAAGGAGCCUCCCAGGAGCAGUGGGGACCCCCCAGCCCCCACAGUUGUGGCAUGGGGUGAGGACCCAACAGGCCCACCCAGAUGCACUCUGGGCCAGGGCCAAGCUCCCAGAGGGUGCCCACAGCCCUCGACAGACGCUGAGGGCCUACUCCAGGCUAUACCAGCGGCUGCUCCGUCUGGGGACAGUGCCUGGGGUCCUGCGGGCCGAGGCCUAGCUGUGUGCAGAGCCCCCCCCCCCACUCCUCAGGCAAACCGCACGGUGACAGUGGUAUUCCCACCCUACAGCGCUGUGCCGUGUGGCCCAGAGACCGCAGAUGGAUGAAAAAGAGAUGACAAAGUCCUGUUACUGCAAAAGGCCGUGGUUUUUAAGGUGGUGAAAUAACACAGUUGUGCAAACAAUAAAGAGAAAACAUCUGACUGAA